CGUCAGCUGACUUUGCCCGACUUCGUCAUCCAGAAUUUACAAACAAACAAAAUGGAGGAAGGCUCUGACUCGUCGAUACAGGUGCUCCGUGAAUCUUCAGCUGACAAAGAAAAUGUUUCAUCAUAUGAGCCUCCCAACAAAAAAAUUAAAGUAUCAGAUGUGCAUGCUGAUGGCAAGCAUAAGCUUGAAGAUCGACUCAGCGACAUUCUGUGUUGUGCAGUCUGUUUAGAUCUCCCCAAAACGUGUUAUCAGGUAAUAGUAAUAAUAGUAUAAGUAUAAUAGUAGUAGUAGGCUUAGUGAAACUACCACUACUAGAUCUAAUAAAUAAUUGACAAUAAGAUAAAUGCUGCACCAGUUAUGUCGCCCCUUUUGUAACAACCAACCAACAUUUAUCAGCUGUAAUGUGGCAAUGACCUUUAAGUUUGAGGGCAACUCAACUGAGCUCUUUGUAUUUUACAGUCAUUGUUAAUUCUAAGAGAAGAUUGAGAAUGAGAAAAUACUAAUAUUUUUUAUGAGUAGGUAUUUUUGUCAAAAAUUUAAACAUUUUGUAAAAAUAAACUAAUGGCAUAGUUGAAUAGAGCUAUUUUUUUACAGAAUUAUAACACCAAAAUCAUAUUUUUAGCUGUUGUAGUUUUAAAGUUAUGAAUUUUUAAAGUACGACAUGGUUUGUCCUUUUGUUAACAUGGACUGCAUCUCCACAUUCUGUGACCUCAUUCCGCCGAUCGCGUCAUGCGCAAUGACUAUAUAGUUUAUAUAAGGCAACAAAUCCCGUCAUCACUUUAAGUACUGUUUAGGAUCGACUUAUUUUAAACUUUCAACUUUGGCACAUGAAUAAUUAAUGAAAGCAUUCCCUGACAAAUGGUUUAAAAGUUUUUGCACACGGCAAACUCUUAUGAAUGAAACUCUGAGGUAGUACUACGAUACAGCCGUUAUGCAAGUGGCUGUGAAUGGUUGCCAAUGACAACGUGUUGCACACGGGAAAUUCUGAUCAUUUAUAAUAUGGACUCUGCCGGGUUUUUAAAGCUCAAAUUAAAACAUUAAACAUUAAAUUAAACAUUCCAGUUUAAAUGUCUUCAAAAUGCUUUCUGAAACACAAGUUAUCAAAUAUUUUGAUGUAUAUAGCGGUAAUAAUUAAAUAUUUCUUAAGUAUCGGCAACUUCCGCCAUUAAAAAGGGGCGUGGCCCCCGCCAUGACGAAUUUAGGCUGACUGACCUUAUGGUGACAUUGGUCACUUGGAUAAGCGUAACAAACGUGGGACAAGACCUACAUCAAUGAGAAUUGACACACGUAUACUUCAAUAUCUAAUGCUUUACACGAUUUAAUAUAAAAGACAUGUUCCCUUUAUUUCACAAAAAAAUUUGUAUGCGAAGAUGCCUUAUAUAUACCAAAGAUUUUCAAAAUAAAGGUUGAUUGAAAAAAGCAAAAUAGCUGGUUGGAGAUGUAGGCCAAGAUGUCUUCCAAAUUAUAAGGCCGUAAACGGAACUGAAAUAUAUGUCGAAAGCACUCACAAAUAGACAAAUAAAUAGACACGCACAUCGGAAAAUUAAAAACUCGGAUUUUUCGGCGCCGACGCCCAUUUCCGAUACACAAAAAGUUGUAGUCUCCCUUGUUUUAUAGUAUCUAAAAUUAUAGCUUAUACUUUUAUACUUAUACUGGCUAAUAUUAUAAGUUAUACUUAUAAAAAACAGUAAUAGAGUAAAUAAGACUUAUUCAACUUAUUAAGUUAUUGACUAAGAUAAGUCUAGGCAUCUUAGUUUAGUCUUACUUAGGUUUAGCAUAUUUAUGGCUGUAACUGCAGACUUUAUGAAUGUAAUAAGUCACACAUUACUGAUUACUCUACAGUCUACAGGUCUCUUUUUCUUGUUAUAAUUCAAUAAGUCAAUAAGCCAAUUAUAAGUCAAUAUCUUCCCCAAUUUAAAAAUGCAUUGAAUAAUUGUUACUUUUCUUGUAGGCCCUAGGCACUCUAGGGGCAGUAGGAUUCUUUAAAUUAGUUUUACAAUUUUGAGGAGUGCAAAAAACUUAGUUGAAGAUGUAGUCAAAUAAUUGGUUAAGUAUUCAGAAUUCAGAGUAUAGAAUAGGUAAGGGAAUACUACAAUACACAUUUGAAGUAUAACUACAAGAUCAUAAUGCCUCGCUUAAAACAGCCUGUACAUACUAGGCCAGAAGUAGGCCCUUAUAGGGGUUAAGUUAAGUGAGGCCUACUCUUAUUUAUACUCUUAUCAUAAAAAGGUAUUCCACUCCAGCUCAAAUGUUCAAAUAAGCAUACACAAAUUUGACUUAGGCUGAAAAGAAAUUUAUGAAAUAUGAAUGUGCGAAAUUGGGUCAAAAGAAUGUGCAAAAUUGGGUCAAAUGUUUUAUACCCAUUUAGCAACUGCCAUGAUGGGUUAUCAAAGUACCUACUUUUAAUAAUGAAAUCAUGAUGCCUUAUUUUUGGUAGUGUUCCAUAUAGUUACCGUAUAUACCUGUAGUCAAGCAAAUUGAAUAUGGGUGUUAUACAUAAUAAUGUAUGUUUAUUUGUUUUUAAGUCUUAUUACUUGCAUGAUAAUUUUUUUUAAAAAGAACGAACAUUUUUUUAGUACUGAUGUACUGCUUCUACUGGCAUGUUAUUUUUGGGGUUGGUUUGUGAGUGGGUUAAAAACUUUUGAGGCUUUUCCCUGCCAAAACUAAGAGGAUCGGCUUAUGAAGGAGAACAUAUAGUAAUUAAGUUAUUUGUUUAAACUACUUAAUAAAUAAUGAUUUUAAAAAAAUCAGUGCAACACAAGAGACCCUGUCAUGCUAACCCUUUUGCUCCCUUAGCAUGGCCCGGUUGCAAAAAACAUUUUGUGACUGUAUUGCUGGAUCUUGGAAUUAUUUUUGCUUCAAUGGGCAGCAGUACACAUUUGAAUUGUUGACUAGCUCAGCUGGCUUACUUUCAGGCAAUGGAAGCACUCCCAUUUAGUGAAUUUCUUUCUUAUCCACGCUAUUCCCUUUUGAUCUGCGCUGCACUUGAGAUUGGGACAAGACGAGUAGUCCAUACAUUUUUUGGAAUUUUUUGCUUAAAGGCUUAAAGUAAUCUUAACUAGUGUUUACAAACUAAAAAGGCCAACUUUUGUAAGGGGGGGGGGGGGGGGGUGUUGGUGUGUGCUCCAACUUCUCUCCAACUAUCUGUGCUAAAGUCAUGAAGUCAUUUAAUAAAUCCAUCUCUACUCUGAAGAUGUGCCACAAUUUCGCUCUUCAAAUGUUGCAGUAUAGAACUGAUCACAUAAAAAGCAAUAGGCUUAUUGAAUCGAUUCCUUUUUAUUUCCAGUGCAGCAAUGGGCAUCUUAUGUGUGCUGGCUGCUUCAACCACUUGUUAGCAGAUGCACGCAUUAAAGAUGAAACUGCAACCUGCCCUAAUUGUCGAUGUGAGAUAAAUCGCAAUGUCUGCAUCCGAAAUUUAGCGGUGGAAAAAGCAGUGUCAGAGCUGCCAUCUGACUGCGCCUUCUGUAACCAGAAACUUCCACGUUACCAGUUGGAUUAUCACCAGAGGGAGCUGUGUCAGGAGAGGUAAGGUCACUCUCGGGUAAGCUAUCAUGCCUCACCCUAUUGUUUAACUAACUUUGUUUUCUUUUUCAGGCAAUAUUAAUUCAGCAGCUCGCCCAGUCUUAGAUAGGCUGUCAAAGCUGGGGCUCGCGCAUGUUUGAUGGGGAUUUUCCAAACGUGCGGGUGCAGGCAGCAUGACAAGGGUACCUAAACCUAGAUAGGAUUUUUUCCCCCCAUGAUAGACUGGCGGGCAGCUGAGCCAUGUAUUGCUAAUCAGAACCACACUUGUUUUGUUUUUCUAUUGUUCAAGCAGGCAGAUUUUCUUUGCAGCAGGAAGUGUCAGUUUCAGGAUUGCGGAACAAAUCCCAAGUUGCAGGUUGAAGAAGAAAAAAAGUGAGCCAUUCCUAAAGGUGUUGGUUGUUUCCUGUGAAGGCUGUAUCAGUUCACACAUGAAACAGUUCCUCAUCUGUUGAUUUUAUGCGGCAAGUAUCUUUCUCUCUUUGUCAUGGGUCUGUGGUGUUUUAUCAGUAUAAAGGAGUGAAUGGUGAAUGCAUGCUGUUAAGAUCAGCUUAUGGUCAUGAAAGCAAGAUGGCGAAUGGCAUUUAAAAAAAAUGAAUUUAUAGAUGGGUUUGGUAAGGGUUUUACAAGAUUUCAAUUUUAAAUAUGGGGGUUUAAACCUUGGGGUUAUAGACUGGGUCUGGGAUGUGUAAAUACAGAGGGUAUCUUAAAGAUAUGAUUUAAUGCUAGUAUUAUGAGUCUACUCAAUAUAUUUUUUUUUAUACGUAGCUAAUUUUAUUUCUAUAAAAUGAUUUUGAAAUGUCUAACAAUAUAUAUUUUUUUAUCUCUGUUGUAAUUGUUUUUGUUUGGGGCAUGUGAAUAUAGAAACCAUUCAGGUCAUUGUCUGAUCAUUGGCAACUGAUCCGAAGAUGUAUUUUCUAUAAAACAGUGAUGGCCAUUCUAAAAAUAAGCUCACAUUAUUUUCAAAAUUAUAGACCAAAAUUUAUUAAAUUUUGUUCAAAGCUGAAAUUUGUUAUACCAUUUUUCAUUUUAAAUAAAAUGAGCCUUUUUUAGAUGGUCUGUAAUGUCACAGCUCCGCUGUUGUUAAUUUUUUUUGCCUGGCUUGUUUAAAUCUACUUUCUAUGUCUUUCCUCUUAGUCUCUAUCUUGUAUGUUUUUGUUGAGUGAUUUUGAUACUACUUGAGUAAGAAAUUUACAAUGGGCAAUCUUUACACCCUGUAGCACUUUCUGGUUAGUUACACAGAAAAGCCAAAUUUUGAUUGCAGACAUUUUCAGAUAUGAUGCAUUUUGACAUGUAUAUAUAUUGAUGCUUUUUAAUAAGCUGAGACUUUAAAAACUUAGACGUUUUUCCAGGUUUUCUUCUUAUAAUUCAAAACAGACUGUAAAAAACAACUACAUUUUUUUUAUAGCUUUUAUUCACUUAUGUCUUUGCAGCAAAGGUAUCCAAGACAUAAAGUAGAAUGCAUCCUGCCUUUAAGUUUUAAAUUCUAUGUUGGUAAUGAUGCUAAAUGAGGGAUGACCUUUUGUAAAUAUAUUACUCUGCUACCUGCAGAUAUCUGCUGGGGAAAAAAAAAACAAUUAAAAAAAUAUUCAAAGCUCUAUGUAUUUUCAAAGCAGCCAGUGGUUACAUCUACAAAGAAUUGAAAUGUUUGAUAGAACAACAGACCCGUGAUGUCCUUUUGUCUAUCUAAAAAAAAGUUGUGUUCAUUUCCUUUUGUUGCAUUUCCAUCCAGUUGUUUUUUCAGGUCGUCUUAGACCCUAAAGCCUGACCAAAAGUGUGAGAGCUUCUCCUUGGUAGCUACUUCUUAAAGAUCUUUCCUAUACAACAUGUUACGAGGGCUUUCAUUAGCUCCUCAUAGCAUUUUGUUCUGAAAGUUCCAUCAAGAUAGUUGUGUAAGUAUUACUUUUCCCAUUAACCUCAUUGCCAAGUAAGUGUGAAGCUAACAGGCCACCCUCUGCUUAUUCCAGGCCCUGCUCAUGCCGAUACUCUCGAAUCGGUUGCCACUGGGAGGGCCCCUUUCAUGAAAUUGCGGAUCAUGAAAGUAACUGUGCCCAUCCAAUGAAGACUGGAGAGGAAGUGAUGGGGGCUCUGGAGCUCAUUGACACACAGCAGCAAGAGGAGCAGAAGCUAUACAAUGACAUCUUUUCUCUACUUUCAUUUGAGAAAAUCACAUUUAAUGGUAAAUGCCAUUUAAUUUUGUGCGAAGUUAAAAAAAAAGUUGUAGAAACAGAAAUGGGGGAACAUGAUCAAACUAACUUUGGCUUAAGUAUUAUCCAAACUAUUUAGAUCUACAAUUCUUCCAUAAUAAUUAAAUAAUUAGAUGCAGAAUUAUAAACAUAUUAGUCAGUUGGGAAGGGGGGGGGGGAGUUAAUUUACCCACACUGAUUGAUUGGUGUACAAUUUUGAUUAUCCAGCUAUAUCAAUGAAUAACUCAACGCUGUGUAUAAACCUUAUGAUUUUCAUUUUAACAACAUUUGAAAUUUCUUUUAUUUUAUGGCUAAUUACCUUUGCAUUAAUUAAUUUUCAGAUCUCCAGUUAAAACCAUUCCGUACAGAUGACUUCAUUACCCGCCUCUACUAUGAGACUACACGUUUCACUGCCUUCAACCAGCAAUGGGUCAUUAGAGCAAAGAUUAAUUCGGAUCACAAAAACCCAACUCACACCGUCAACAGAUCAUUGUCUUACCAGCUUGUUGUCAAAUCAAAAUUGACUGCUCCUGUAAGUUGCAAACAAGAUGUAGCAACAAAAUACCUGAGUUUUCCAUCGCAAAAUCUAUUAUAUGUUAAUACGAUAAAUGUUCUUUUAAAUUCAAGGGAAUUUUAAUGACACAGUUGGUGUUAUUACUAAUAGUGUUAGUGGUUUUUUUUCAAUAGGCCAGAACGGGGAUCAAACCCAUGACCUUUACAUUAGAAGCUGAGCGACUUAUAACAGCGAACCAGCAAUAAUGAAUGAAGGUUAAUCUAAUACAUGUUUUGAAAGAUAUUUCAUAAUAGGUAAAUCAGGGGUUUGCUACAUCUUGGUAGAUUUAAAUUUACAUUAAUUCUAAGCUAUGUAGCAAUUUCCAGCUCUAUUUUACAAGUGGAACAUGGAGAAAUUUAGUCAGCUCAGAUAUGUUGGGGCAGAGAUGCAAUCACUGAUCAUGUCAAGUGUAAUAAAGUUCCAAACUGUAAGGCAUAAAAGAUCUUUGUUUAUAAAAUAUUUACUUUGUCCCUAGAUGAUGAUGCAUUUUCUUGCCUUGAGUGGGCCAUUUGGUGGCAUAAAGAUGAAGUCCAAGAUCUACAACUUUGAGUUCACUGGAGAAUUGGCUGAGACAGAGUACCUGGACCUACCCAUUGAUUCUGCUGAGUGCAACAAGUUGUUAGCCUCCAAGACCAUCAAUUUCAGGCUCGUCAUGUUCCUGGUCACUAAAUAGCCAGGGAAAUAAAAUGCUGAUAAAAAAAAAUCUACAUUAAUUGUGCCAGUACUUGAAUUUUUUAAAUAUUGUAUAUACAAAUGUUUACUAGAUUGCAUUGUUUUACUUCUCAGAGAGGUUGAGGGAGGUAGAUUUUUUUCUUUUAAAAAAAAUUAAUAUAUUAAGGCUUCUUAAAUGUGUAAAUUUAAAUGGAUUUGAAUAUGGGAACAUCAAAUUGGUGAGUGCAUGGAGUUCUAAAAGUUGAGCUUAUGUUUUUCAUAUAACCUGAUUUAAAUUGAGCGUGAUGACUUUUAUUGGGGGUUUUUUGGUUCAGAUAUUUUUUAAAAUUCCAUUAAUUUAAAAUGAGUUAAAUUUCUCUUUGACUUAACUCGAGGGGCUUUUUUUUUUAUAUAUAGCCAAGCAGCUCACAAUUUUUUCCAAGUGUUUUUUUUGUUGUUAAUAAAAAAUGUAUUUUAAAUAUCAUCAGAUUCUUACUAGGAACCAAUUCUUUAACUCUGGUUAGAAGCAUUUUUAAGUUAAAAAAAACAACAAUGCGACAGCUUUCAGCUAAACCUAAAUAUACAUUUUAAAAAGUUGUUUUUGUCUUUAAAAAAUACAAGAUUCCCAUCAAAGAAUGCUCAAAGUUAGUUUUUUUUUUACAAACUUGUAUACUUUUUCCAAACAGACACAUUGUAAAUUGUUGAACCUUUCAAAAUACCAAACAAUGUUAUAUUCUAGGUUUAAGGAGGCAAAAUCACAGUUUUCUUGAAGGAUACAUUUUCUUGCUUUGGUUAGCCUUGGUGAUACAAGGGGUGGAAAUAGAAGUUUGAAAAACUUUAUAUUGCUGUGUACAAUUAUGUCACAAAGCUACUUAUAACAAUAAUCUUACUUUUCUAUGAAAAAGAAGAAAAUGCAUUAUUUAAAUCUUUCUUUUUUUUAAAAUCACUUUUGAUUUAUGCUUAUUUUUAUAUUCUCUGAUAAUUUUGAAUCCCUCCCUUAUUUCAUAACCUUUUUGCCUUGCUUUUAAAUUUUAACACAAUUAUUUUAAAUCUUAAGCACCAGAUUUUAAUUUGUCGUCAUGGGGCUAUAUAUGCUAUGUAAAACUGUUAAAUGGUACAUAAAGGGCAUUGGACAUUUUAAUGCAGUAAUAUAAAACCCCUGUUACACAUAUAAAUACUCAGAAAUAUUAUCCAUAUGCUAUGUGGUAUACUUUUUAAAUGUUGAAAUUUUUUUUCAUUUGAAAUGAAUGACACAUGAAGUUACAUAGAUGAUCUAUCAAUUGCAAAUAUUUUAAUAAAUAUUGAAGUUUAAUUCCUGUUUGAUCUAACACUGGUUACAAAUUAUUGUGUAUGUUUUUCAUUUGUUUUUCAUGCUGUGAUUGAAGCUUAAGGUAAAUGAAGAAACAAAAGUAAACUAUGAUAAUAGUGGCACACCUUAAUUGUGGAUCGCUUUUUAUGCCUGCAAUCAUUGUCAGUGGUAUUGUCAGGUUUGUUCAGUGUUAGAUAUGUGAGAAACAUCAAUGAGUUUUUUUUAUUCAUUAUUGCCGCUUAAUUACCCCAUGUUAAAAUCAUUUUAUCUACACCUCUGCUUUUCUUUCAGCUUGAUUUAUUUUCAAGUCUGGUUUUAAUCCCUUAAUAGUUUCAAAAUAAAAUCCGUAAAAUUAAAAUUUUACGGGAUUACCUUUCUUGCAGCUAACCUACCAUUUCCGAUGAAGAUUCUGCCAGGCUAGUUUAAUGGCUUUUGUUAAAGAAAGAGUUUUUAAAAACAAAAAUGUAAAAUUUAGUUUUAUUACAUUUUUUAUUAGCAGUAGCGGUAUUGAAUAAAAGAGACAAGUAGCAUGACAUUAAUUUAUUUCUCUAACCGUCAGAAUUUGGUCAUUAUUAAUAUUAGCCAUUUUUUAUGCUUGAUGACAAUGGCAUUAUUUUAAAUACUGCAUCAUUGAGGGGUUGAUGAUAAACAUAUUUGGUUGAUUGUUAUGUGCUUUACAUUGAGAGUUUGUAAUUACUAAUGAUGUCUAGUUAGCAUAAUUUGCAAGUUUCUGGGUUAUUUUUACUCCAUGGUUGCCAACAGAAAUAAUAAGAAAUUCAGCAGAAAAUAUACUAGCCCUUGGCACCUACAAUUACAGGAUGUUUGUUUGUAAACCAAGAAAACAUGUUAUAUUUGAUCAGUUUUAAAUAUCAGUAUUUUAAAAAAAUAUAUAUAUUUAUAAAUUAAUGAGUUGCAGUCAACUGGCAAAGAAGGAAUCGAUUUUGGACUAAAAAAUAUUUUGCUUGCUUAAUUAAAUUGUAAACAUUUCUGAAAUAAUUUAUGAUUGGCUGUGGUUUGUAUAAAACUGUUUGUUCUGUAUUCCUCCAUAAAUUCCUGAUUUAUAUUAAAUAAAUGCUUGCCAAUGUAGCUCUUAAUCUUAAAAUUGUUUCAGUAAUUAAUUUUGGGAUUUUUAUUACAUCUAUACAUGAAAUUAUAAAAAUUACAUUUGAAGGUUUAUUGUGGUAGAUCAUGUCACCUUGCAAAGUGAUGAACUUUAUUUGACAUAAUUAACAUGUAUUGAGGUUCACUCCAAUCAUAUAAUAAUAUGUAUACUUCAUCGUGAAUAAGUUUAUUUUGAUUUUACUGUUAAAUGAAAAGUCUCUAAGUCAUGUAAUGAAAUUAUUUCUUUUAUCUAUUCCUUAAUACUUUUUAGCAGUGAAAAUUAAUGUGAACUUGAUUCUGUUGUUUUUUGUUUUUUUUUAAAUUAACUUGCUUUAUAUUAUAUAUCAAAUUUUAAGGAAAAAAUCAACUUUUGGGGUGAGUGCUGGUCGAAUCCAAGUCUGGUGUGUGGAAAGUAUUAUUCAGAAUUACAUGUGUUUCUAAAUUUGUUCAAUCCCAGUACAGUAUACAUGUUAGGCAAGUAAAUUCCAAACAUCCCAAACUGGAAAUGUUCACCCAAACAAUCAGCUAUUUCCUGCAUAGCCUAAUACUAAUACAAUUACGGCAUUUAAAUAUUAUUUUCAUUUUAUAAUGGCAAAAAAUAAACUUGUGUUUUAUAUUUUAUACUAGGUGAAUUUAAAAAAAUCUGUACUGAACUUACAUUAAUUUAUUUUUUAAAUGAAAAUUCACACCUUACUGUCAAGAUUACAAAAAAUAUAUUUCUGGUACAUAAAGAUGAUUGUAUAAUGAUAGGCAUGACUUUUCUUUAGAAUUGAGACAAGUGCCAUUUCUCACUCCAGAUUCUUAACAAAUGAUUGAGUGCAAAUUGGUCCUAGAAGUUCAAAACUUGACUCUUGGAGAUCAGACAGCCUAGACCAGGGAUCAAAGAUGUACAUAUGUAGUAUUUGUAUAAAUGUAUAUAGAUAGAGCAGACCACAGGAGCUGUCUUUAGCAAUGGAUAUUUUAUUGUCAUGCUGCUUUUAACUUUCAUCAGAAUCAACACUAUGCAUAAUUAGUGUCACCUUCCUGUCUGUAAGUGAUACCUACUACUACCCUGGUGUCUGCCUCUGAAAUCCUCACAUUUGAUUAAUACCCUGUAUGUUUAUCAUGUAACUUUUUAGUUUAUAUACUUUCUUUUUAAAGAUGUUGUAGCAUUUAAAAUAUCUUCAGGAAUAAUAAAUAAAUUAUAAACUUAUGACCAGUAUAUUAAUAUUAAUAAUCUGACUCUAUCAUUUAAUGAGCUGAAAUUUAGCUGUUGCAUUUUUGAAACAUAUAAUUAGUUCAGUAGUUGUAGGGUAAUAAAAUUUUGUCAAAUAUUGUAUCAAAUAAUUUAUUCAAUUUAGCUUUUUCUUGUAAAGGAAAUACAAAAUGUCAGGGUUGAGAAAAGUCGAUUUUAUCUUUAACAAGUUUUAAUCAUGUUAAUUUUGACAUGUGAAACACCCUUUAGCUUCAUCAUGAAGAAUUAGAGAAGUGAAUAAUAAAAUCAUUCUAGCAGUAAAAGG